CCUCCGAACCCUCGCGCGCCUAAGAGCGCCACGCAGCCCCCUUGCGUCUUUGGUCUUUUGGCCGUCGCUUGGCUCGCGCGCCGCGCCGCGUCGCGCCGCGCCGCGCCGCCGCGGCGGGCCGGCCUGCGGUGCGGUGGUGGGGCGGCCGUGACAGGGGAGGGGAGGGGCGCGGCGCGGUUCGCGCGGCAAGUGUCUCCGAACGGCGGCGCGUCCGCCACCGCCGCCGCCGCCGCUGCCUCUGCCGCCAGUCGCCCCGCAGCCGAGUCGGGACGCGGAGCGCUGCUGCCGCCGGCUGUGCUGCGAUCGUGGGUCGGGCGAGCGAGCGAGAGCCACGACUUCGUCGUGCACGUCAACUGCGCACCGCCCGAGCGUGUGCCGGUGAUCGUGCGGUUGUGUGUGAGUGCGUGUGCGUGUGGAUGUGUGGUCCUCCGGGAUGGCGCCCAGCUGGACGCACGUGGUGAUGGUGAUGGGUGUCAUCGCGGUGAUGGGGUUUGGUGCGGAUGUUGGUGCUCAGGCUGCAUUACAUUUAAACCUAAUCUUUGUUUACGGACAAGCCACUGGAUGGCUGCAAUUUCUUUGGCGGUGUUUCGUAUCUUUCCCGCUGUGAGUGAUGGCACGUGUUGGCGUUUAGAUGCUACAGGAAAAGCACAAGAGGAUGUAGGAGUGACGUCUGUUGCAAAAGCUAUUUAUCGUCGGAGAUGUUCCGAAAGCAGUGAGGAAAACUUUACAUGGCUGGUAUUGAUGGCUGAAAAGGCGGGUAAGUUUCAAUGGUCAUAUCCUACUGUAAAAGAGUGA